AUGCCGUGCAUCCAUUACAAGUUCUUCUCCAGGCUGAACUAUGAUACCGUCAGCUUCAGCGGCCUUGACAUCUCCCUGGGAGACCUCAAGCACCAGAUCAUGUCUCGGGAGAAGCUGAAGGCGUCCAGGUGUGAGCUGCAGAUCUCCAACGCCCAGACUGGAGAAGAAUACACAGAUGAGAACACCCUGGUUCCCAGGAACUCAUCGGUCAUCGUUAGAAGAAUCCCUGCUGCAGGAGUUAAAGUUGCCAGGAAACGCUGUGUUCCACGUGGAACGGAGGCAGUACGUGGAACACCAAAAGCGGUUGAUGACUCCUCUGCACCGAUGACUCUGGCCCAACUUAUUAAGAUCGCCGAUCUAGCCGGAGCCGAUGUGCCUGAAGCAGAUAAAAUAAAAGCGAUGAUGAUCCAGUCUUCCCAGGACUAUGACCCCAUCAAUUACGUGAAGACACCUCCGUCGCCAUAUACUUGGUUACGUGAUGGAAAACCUGGCCACUACGUAAGGAACGGCCCAGACAAUGGGGGCAGACAUUUUGGAUCUGUUCCCAGAAUUAGAAAGUGCACAGGAAUUCCGAAGAGUUUCCUGAAGGAGGUGGAGGAUCCCAACACAAAGGGGGCUAUGCUGGCAAACACUGGGAAAUACGUCAUCCCAAUCCUUAAUGCGGAAGUUUAUGCCAGAGAGAAGAAGAAAAAGCCUCCCUUGUUAGCGGUGGAGCCAUCGUCCAGCUCCUCAGAUCCUGUUCCAGAGGAACAGCUGCCACUGACACCUCCUCCGGCUGCUUUCAUGGCUGUCAGCCCUCCUGCUGCUCCGCCUGGCUCCUUCUGGCCACCACUGGCACUCUUCCCUGCCUCCUCCUCCCCCGUGAUGGACACCGAGUUCCUGGGCGUGCAGCUCUUCUUUCUGGGCGGGCUGGAGGUGUCAUCUUCGCCAUUAACAGAUUGA